GCACCUAUACGUUCAGCUGCACUGGAGCUCCUCCUCGCACGGCUCGUGACCGCCUGGACACACGAACCACUGGAGAGCUGCCACCUUAAGCAACUCGAACCACACACGCAGCAUUUAGAGCGAUUCGUCCCACCCUUGAGCCUCCACAUAAGAACGCUUGCACGCGCACUGCCAAUCCGUAACACCGUACGCCGGCCGCUUCGAGAAAACAAGAAAAAUGCUCCGCCACGCCCUAAGAAGAACAACACCCGUCCUCAAGACCGCCACGCGCGGCAUGCCUUUAGUACCCAUGGUCAUCGAGUCCUCUGGGAUGGGCGAGCGCGCCUUCGACAUCUUCUCGAGGCUGCUCAAGGAGCGCAUCAUCAUGCUGCAGGGGCCGGUCCACGACGAGAUGGCCGGGCUCGUUACGGCGCAGUUAUUGUUCCUCGAAGCCGAAGAUCCGGAACGAGCUAUUAGCCUCUACAUCAACUCGCCAGGUGGGAGCGUCACGGCGGGCCUCGCCAUCUACGACACGAUGCAGUACAUCCGAGCGCUUGUCGGCACGCUGUGCCUGGGCCAGGCGGCGUCGAUGGGGUCCCUCCUCCUCGCGGCCGGCGAGCCCGGGAUGCGGCGCUGCCUGCCGAACGCGCAGGUCAUGCUCCACCAGCCCAGUGGCGGGGCCCAGGGCCAGGCCGCCGACAUCGCCAUCGUCGCCAAGGAGAUCCUGAAGACGCGCGAGAAGCUCAACAAGAUUUACGUAAGCCACACGGGCAAGGACGUCGAGGCCAUCGAGCGCGUCAUGGACCGGGACACGUACUUCACGGCCGAGGAGGCGAAGGAGUUCGGGGUCGUCGACGAGGUCGUGGCGGCGCGCGAGCGGCCGGGGAAGCCCGCGGACGACGACGAGGAGCCCCUCGAGCGCGCGGCUUGAAGUCUCACAUGGGAAUCGCUGUAGCAGUCGGUAUCGUGCAGUAAGUAACGUGUAUCUUUAG